AUGGACUCUUCCGAGCAGCCACAUCCGGCUGGCGCCUCGUCUCCGCUUGAUGUCAAGGUCCCAACAUCCUCGAGUAUCGUCGAUGUCAGGGUUCUCGAUACCAACACGCGCCUCUACCUAAAGCCGGGGGUAUUCUGGGAGCCAAUCUUAGAAGGCUUCGAGGGACCCAAUGCGCCCGUUUACUGCUUUCUUGUGUCUCACGGUAGCCGCCACAUCAUCUUUGAUCUCGGGGUUCGCACCGACUGGGAGAACUAUGCGCCCAAUAUAGUGAAGCUCGUCAAGGCCACUACCACAGUGUCAACUGGCGAAAAGGACAUUGCCUCGUUGCUUGACGACGACGACAGCGACCUGGGCAUUCGUAGCUCUGACAUUGAGGCAAUUGUUUGGUCUCAUAGCCACUUUGACCACGCGGGGGAUCCGUCACGGUUUCCACCCAACACACAGCUCAUUGUCGGGCCCGGCGUCAAGGCAAGCUCAUGGCCGGGUUACCCGUCUAACCCCGACGGUGUCGUGCUCGACAGCGAUGCUGCUGGCCGGGUUGUACGCGAGAUCAGUUUCGACAACACAGGGCUGCGAAUUGGCCGCUUUGAUGCGUUCGACUAUUUCGGCGAUGGAUCUUUCUACCUACUCAACGCCCCAGGUCAUGCAACGGGGCACAUGUGUGCUCUGGCACGCACGACUGUCGAUCCACCGUCCUUUGUUUUCAUGGGUGCCGACGCGUGCCAUCACCCAGGUGUGCUGCGGCCCUCGCAGUAUCUUACUCUUCCCCAGCCGACGUCUUCAGGAUCACAGCAUCUAAGCAGCUACGGCGGCUGUCCAGGAGAUCUGCUAACACAGCUGGGUAAAUGGAAGAAGAGCCUCCGAGAGCCCUUUUUCCACGUGGCACGCGGGCCGUUGUUCCCUGACCAUGAUGCAGCCUUGGACACUGUCGCCAAGAUUCAGGAACUAGACGCUGCCGGCAAUAUUUUCGUUCUUCUCGCACACGACGACUCCCUGGGUGGCAAAUUGCCACUUUACCCAGAUCGAUUGAACAAUUGGGAAGGAAAGGACCUGGGCAAAGCCACUCGAUGGUUGUUUUGUAAAGAGCUAGAACAUGUUAAGCCAUAA